AUGAAGACAUCCCGACCGUGGGCUCGGAAGGCAUCAGUAGAACUCAUUCUUCUCUCUGCGGCUCUGGGCUGCCUCAGUUUGCCUGGCUCCAGAGGUGAAAGGCCACAGUCUCUUGGGUCAAAUGCAGUCAAUGAGAGCCUUGCCAAGAGCCGACAGACACGGAGCGUGGCUGCAUCGGUGAUGCCUAUUGAUUGUGAACUGUCCAGCUGGUCCUCUUGGACUACAUGUGAUCCCUGUCAGAAGAAAAGGUACAGACAUGCCUACUUGGUCCGGCCCUCUCAGUUCAAUGGGGAACCGUGUGACUUCUCUGACAAGGAAGUUGAAGACUGUGCUACCAGCAGACCAUGCAGAAGUCAAGUGCAAUGUGAAGGCUUUGUGUGUGCACAGACAGGGAGGUGUGUAAACCGCAGACUUCUCUGCAACGGGGACAAUGACUGUGGAGACCAGUCAGAUGAAGCAAACUGUAGGCGGAUUUAUAAAAAAUGUCAGCAUGAAAUGGACCAAUACUGGGCAAUUGGCCGUCUAGCCAGUGGGAUCAAUCUGUUCACAAACAGCUUUGAGGGCCCAGUCCUUGAUCACAGGUAUUAUGCCGGUGGAUGCUCCCCCCAUUACAUACUGAACACGAGAUUUAGGAAGCCGUACAAUGUGGAAAGCUACACCCCACAGACCCAAAGCAAAUACAAAUUUGAGCUGACAGAAUAUGAGUCGUACUCCGAUUUCGAACGUAACAUCACGAAGAUGGAACAAAGCAUGCGUAGUUUCAGCUUUGGUUUUAAAAUACCUGGAAUAGUUGAAGUUGGCAUUAACAGUGCAAGUUCGAAUGGCAAAAAUUUUAUUAGCAGAAUCAAACGAUUCUCUCAUACCAAAAGCAGUUUUCUGCACGCGCGCUCUGACCUUGAAGUAGCACAUUACAAGCUGAAACCCAGAAGCCUCAUGCUCCAUUACGAAUUCCUUCAGAGAGUCAAGCUACUGCCCCUGGAGUACAGUUACGGAGAGUACAGAGAUCUCUUCCGUGAUUUCGGGACCCACUACAUCACAGAGGCCAUGCUGGGGGGCAUUUAUGAAUACACACUCAUUAUGAACAAAGAGGCCAUGGAGAGAGCAGACUACUCCCUUAAUGAUGUCCACACCUGUGCCAAGAAUGAUUUCAGAAUCGGUGCUUCCAUCAAGUAUGUCUACGUCAAGCUGGGUGUGUCGAUGGGCACAUGCGAGGGUAUUCUGAAUGAAAUAAAAGACAGAAACAAGAGAAACACCAUGGUGAAUGACUUGGUGGUCCUUGUGCGAGGAGGGGCAAGUGAGCACAUCACCGCCCUGGCAUAUAAGGAGCUGCCGACCGCGGACCUGAUGCAGGAGUGGGGAGACGCUGUGCAGUACAACCCAGACAUCAUCAAAAUUAAGGCAGAACCUCUGUAUGAACUGGUGACGGCCACAGACUUUGCCUACUCCAGCACAGUAAGGCAAAAUAUGAAGCGGGCCCUGGAGGAGUUCCAGAAGGAAGUCAGCUCUUGCCACUGUGCUCCUUGCCAAGGCAAUGGAGUUCCUGUCCUGAAAGAAUCCCGCUGUGACUGCAUCUGUCCUGUUGGAUUCCAGGGCCCAGCCUGCGAGGUCACCUAUAGGAAAAAUGUCCCCAUUGAUGGGAAAUGGAAUUGCUGGUCAGACUGGUCUCCGUGUUCCGGAGGACAAAAAACAAGACAAAGGCAGUGUAACAACCCGUCUCCCCAAAGUGGAGGCAGCCCCUGCUUGGGCCCUGCUUCAGAAACACUUAACUGUUAAGGAAGGACGAACUUCUAGCACCUAGGACUGUGGGCUACACACAGCAAGAGCUCUGAACCCUUAGGAGCUCAAGCUAGGUUACCUUGUACCGGCUCCCAGCUGGGGCCAGCCCAAGGGCAGAGGCCUGUGUCAUUCAGAGUGUUUGAAAUAAAGAUGUUAUUUGCAAAAUGCA